GGAGAUCAAUCCGAUGAGACACCAUCAGAGCAGAAUCAAGCAGAAGAAAAUCUCAAGGAUACUACAGAACCUACUACUGAGCUAGUUUCCACAUAUGUUUCGAAGAUGCCGCCUAUUACUCAGCAAACAGAGCAUCUUCAGACAAGUGCUAUAGAUUUUUCAGAAAAAAACGAGGUUGAAGUAAGCAGGCUUCUAGCUCACUUUCAAAUAGGCGCAGAGGUUGAAAUUUUGUCUACUGAUGACGAAAUAUGGUAUCCAGGAAAGGUUGUUGAUCUUAAACUGUGUGAAGGACUAGAGGAGCUGACAGUUGAGUACACGACACUCUUCACAGACCAACAUAGACUUCAGAAACUUCAGGAUACUAUCACGGCUGACAAAAUACGUCCUGCAACACCAACUAGUGACCAAAAAUCCUUUGAGAUGAUGGAUAAGGUAGAAGCCUUCUACAACAAUGGCUGGAGCAGCGGACAAAUUAGCAUGGUACUUGGUGAUAACACAUACUCGGUGUGUCUCUAUACUUCUAUGGAAACUAUUCUAUUCAAACAUUCAGAUUUGCGAAUUCAUAGAGAAUGGAAAGAUGGAGUCUGGAAGAUGGCAGAUAAGGUGAAGCCUGAUAAGAAAAGGAAAGCUGCUGCCUCAUCACAAAAUUCAGGAAUGGAUAAUGUUUUCCUAAGAAGGAGCGAGAGGGUGCCUAAACGAUCUAGAGACACAAAAACUCCAUUCAAGUCUGACAGAAAUCCGGCUUUAACUGUAAUACCUGAGAUUAUACCUGCAGUUGAUCCGUUUUCAACUCCUGCGGAACAUAAGCUUUCAAGGCUUCAAAAUUGGAUGACAUUAAAGCCCGGCAUGCAUGAAACGUCCCUAUCAAUCAAUGAUAAUAAGAUAAGGAAAUCUUUCUUUCAAAGCAUGGAAAAUGCAAAAAAGGACCUUAAGAAAGAGCACAUUGAUGGAGCCUUUGCAAUGCUAAAUUGCAGAAGAAAUGAGAAUGCUGCUUGGUUCCACAACUACAAGAUUCCAAAGGCGUGCUUCCUACCUAUGGAGUUCUUGCAUUGCUUGCUCUCUGAUGAUUUGGCUUACAAGAAAGAAAAGGUCAAAGGUAAAAAGAUUUUCAACGAUUUAUUUAAAGAUACUGUGAGAGGGAAGGUAUAUCCAGAGAAGACAUGGGGAGAAGAUGUUGAUGUUGUGUAUGGGAUUACUCUUGGAAAAAAAAGCAAUGUCUGGAUUGGGAUGGAAAUUCAUUUGAAGAAGAAAAGAAUCACAGUAUAUGAUUGUUUUCAAAAGGAAAGCAACAGCAUUGAUAUUCCUCAAGUGAAAAAGUUGGCAGUGUUGAUUUCUAAUCUGCUGGUGGAAUCUUCUGGUGAUGAGGUAGAUAAGGUGAAGAUGAUUCCAUUUGAGAUUGAGCAGGCACAAGGUUUACCCAAGACAAAACAUCCUUUCAACUGUGGGAUAUUUCUUGUCAAGAUUCUGGAGUGCCAGUCAUUGAAGAUAGGAGACAUGACAAAGAUUAAUGAUGACAAUGCAUUGGAGCUAAGGAGAACCUUGUCUUGUGAGAUCUUCAACCAAUUUGUGGAUGAGAGCUUUGGGAAAUGAGAAUGAUGCAUGAAAACAUUUUUUGUUUUAGUUAAGACUCGGUUUUAGUUAUGACUGUUUAUUUUGUUAUGUUGUUGGCGUCUGGUUACAUAAGAAAGAUUGGAAGGAUAUCAAGUAUUU